AUGGAUAUAUCCCAGAUUGAACCCGUCUUUAUACUUGCUUUCAAUAACAAACUAGCCUUCUUACUGGAAAUCUUGGUCCUUUAUCUUCUCAUUACAGCAAUAUACUACGCCUAUAUCCACCCACUUGCCAAAGUCCCUGGCCCAAAACUAUACACUAUUACUCAAACUCCCUACUUCUACCAUCUUACCCAAGGUAGCUGGUUGGAUAAGCUAAACAAGCUACAUGAUCAAUACGGUCCUGUCGUUAGAUUCGCCCCUAACGAUAUCUCUUUCAUCACUGCCGAUGCUGUUAAAAUUAUUUACGGCUCUAAGGCAAGCGGAUUCGCACCCUUUGAUAAGGAUUUGCGAAUGUAUAGGCAGGGCCACCCAGUUAAGGACAUUGUAACUGCUGGCCAUGAAGAUCAUAAGCGCAUACGUCGCCAUCUGGCAUAUGCAUUUUCGACAAAGGCCCUCCGCGAUUAUGAGAGUAUCUUAAACCAAUAUGCUGAUAAAUUUAUUUUACAGCUUGGUCGGAGGGCAGGUACUGAUGUUGACAUGGUGGCGUGGUUCAAUUACGUUACCUUUGAUAUUACACUUCUCCUUUCAAGUAUUAAGGCAUUUUCUUUUAUGACGGUCAUCGCUCGUUUAGGAUUCGUUCAAUGGAUCCAUUGGUUGAUCCCAACACAGCAGGACCAAACCUUGAAGAAUGACUUGCAAUUUGUUGACCGUGCGGCAUCAACUCGUUUGAGUAUCGGAGGUACCAAAAGUCCGGAUAUCAUGUCUUGUAUUCUUCGUCAUGACGAUGGGAAGGGAAUGUCAAAAGCGGAAAUCCUUGAAAAUGCAAGCCUGCUUAUUGCUGCUGGCGGCGAAACAACAGCCACGCUACUGAGCGGCACAACGUACUAUUUAUUAACAAAUCCUGAUAAGUAUAAGAGGCUAGUUGAUGAGAUUCGCUCUACAUUCAGAUCCGAGGACGAGAUCACUCUGCCUCGAAUAAAUCAGCUUCAGUAUCUGCUGGCUGUUCUCAAUGAAGGUCUUCGCAUAUACCCACCAUCUGCUAGCGGUCUUGCAAGGAUCACACCAUCUGGUGGCAAGAGUAUUGAAGGAUAUUGGAUCCCUGAAAAUACUUCAGUUUCUGUCCCUCAUCAGCCUGCAUACUUAUCGGCUUACAACUUCAAAGACCCGCGAAAGUUUAUCCCAGAACGCUGGUUAGGCCUCGAGAAAUAUGCCAGCGAUAAUAGGGAUGUGCUCCAACCGUUCUCUGCCGGGCCUCGAGAUUGCAUUGGCAAAAGCUUUGCCUAUGCUGAAAUGCGACUGUUAUUGACCCGACUGCUUUGGAAGUUUGAUCUCGAACUUUUGCCAGAAAGCAAAGACUGGAUCGUGCAAAAGGUUUACUUUCUCCAUGAGAAGCCAAAAAUGCAUGUCAGGAUGACGGAGGUUGUCCGAGAGGGCCUGGAAAUAAGUUAG